GGUGGCCGACGGGGCACAACAUCACACAAGGGGGAGGGAGGAGAGAGAGGGAGAGAGGGGAGGGGGGAUUCGCCAUGGACAUCAUCACGCAGCUGCAGGAGCAGCUCAGCGAGAUCGCCAUGCUGGCCGUCAACACCUUCGGCACGCUGCAGAGGGACGCGCCGCCCGACCGCCUCUCCACCAGCUACCCGGACCCGCUCAACCCCAACCCUAAGCCCGAGGAGGACGCCAAGCCCCAGGUCCAGGCCCCGCCCGGCGCGGCCCCGGCGCAGGCGCAGCCACCCGCGCCGCCGCAGGCGCCCGCGCUCGACCUCGCCGAGCAACCCAAGGCCAUGAGCCACGCCCUCGUCCUCGCCGCCAAGAAGUUUGAUGCACUUGUUGCGGCGUUGCCACUGUCAUCAGAAGAGGAUCAGUUGAAAAGAAUCCAAGAGCUGCAGGCAGAGAAUGAAGUCGUGGGAUUGGAGCUUCAGAAACAACUUGAAGCUGCUGAACUGGAGUUGAAGCAGGUUGAGGUCUUGUUUAAUGAAGCGACAGACAAUUGUAUAAAUUUGAAGAAGCCAGAAUAGUAUGCAUGCUUGCUGAAAGCAAAUUAUUCUCAUGAAUGGAUGAAGGUGGAGACAUGAAUGCGAGGAGCAUAACCUUUUUCUGUCUUUUCGAAUUCUGUACUGGAUAGAUAUGUAAACAUUAAUGCCAAUUCUAUCUCGUCAACUUUUGUGUGCUGUUAUUCCAAAAGCACCUACUGAAUUAGGAAUUAACGCAUCGUAUGCUUGUUGGACUUGUCUGGCCUUUUAUGAGCUGUUGUGUGUUGUGCUGGUAUUCUUGUGGAUGGA